AUGCGGCCAUGGACUGGUUCCUGGCGUUGGAUUAUGCUCAUCCUCUUUGCUUGGGGGACUUUACUCUUUUAUAUUGGUGGACACCUGGUACGAGAUAGUGAGCACCCAGAUCACUCUAGUCGCGAAUUAUCCAAGAUACUUGCUAAACUUGAACGUUUAAAGCAGCAAAAUGAAGACUUAAGGCGGAUGGCAGAAUCUCUCAGAAUACCAGAUGGUCCCAUUGAUCAGGGACCAGCUGCAGGAAAGGUACAUGCUUUAGAGGAGCAACUUUUAAAGGCCAAAGAACAGAUAGAAAACUAUAAGAAGCGGACAGGAGAUGCAGGCCUUGGAAAAGACCAUGAAGUAUUGAGGAGGAGGAUUGAAAAUGGAGCUAAGGAACUUUGGUUUUUUCUACAGAGUGAAUUGAAGAAGUUGAAAAAUCUAGAAGGAAGUGAACUGCAAAGACGCAUUGAUGAAUUUCUGUCUGAUCUGGGUCAUCAGGAAAGGUCAAUAAUGACUGACUUGUACUACCUCAGUCAAACAGAUGGAGCAGGAGAUUGGCGAGAAAAAGAGGCCAAAGAUUUAACAGAUUUGGUACAGAGGAGAAUAACUUAUCUACAGAACCCGAAGGAUUGCAGCAAAGCCAAGAAACUGGUGUGUAAUAUCAACAAAGGUUGUGGCUAUGGUUGUCAACUUCAUCAUGUAGUCUACUGCUUUAUGAUCGCUUAUGGCACUCAACGAACACUCAUUUUAGAGUCUCAGAAUUGGCGCUAUGCUACCGGUGGCUGGGAGACUGUAUUUAGGCCUGUAAGUGAGACAUGUACCGACAGGUCAGGUACCACCACUGGACACUGGUCGGGUGAAGCUAAUGAUAAGGAUGUUCAGGUGGUGGAACUUCCCAUUGUUGACAGCUUACACCCACGGCCACCUUACUUACCAUUGGCUAUCCCCGAAGACCUGGCUGACAGGCUAAUUCGUGUACAUGGGGAUCCUGCAGUGUGGUGGGUCUCGCAGUUUGUGAAAUACUUGAUUCGUCCACAGCCUUGGUUAGAAAAAGAAAUAGAGGAAGCCACAAGGAAACUUGGUUUCAAACAUCCAGUGAUCGGUGUUCAUGUCCGAAGGACAGACAAAGUAGGAACAGAGGCAGCAUUUCAUCCCAUUGAAGAAUAUAUGGUACAUGUUGAAGAGCGGUUUGAACUUCUUGCUCGCAGAAUGCGUGUUGAUAAGAAAAGAGUGUAUUUGGCUACAGAUGACCCUUCACUGUUGCAAGAGGCAAAAUCCAAGUAUCCCAACUACGAAUUUAUCAGUGACAACUCCAUAUCCUGGUCAGCAGGACUGCAUAACCGAUACACUGAAAACUCCCUAAGAGGUGUUAUUCUGGAUAUUCACUUUUUGUCUCAGGCAGACUUCCUGGUCUGCACAUUUUCGUCCCAGGUUUGUCGAGUUGCCUAUGAGAUAAUGCAGACGUUGCAUCCAGAUGCUUCAGCGUAUUUCCAUUCUUUGGAUGAUAUCUACUACUUUGGGGGACAGAAUGCCCACAACCAGAUUGCUAUUUAUGCUCAUCAUCCACGAACUGCUGAUGAAAUUCCUAUGGAACCUGGAGAUAUAAUUGGAGUAGCUGGAAACCACUGGGACGGUUAUUCAAAAGGCAUCAACAGGAAAUUAGGAAGAACAGGCCUGUAUCCGUCGUAUAAAGUUAAGGAGAAAAUUGAGACAGUCAAGUAUCCUACAUACCCAGAGGCUGACAAGUAGAUUAAAAGGAAGACAUUCGGCAUUAAUUCUCAGUUUUGAUUGGUUUGAACCAGUCAACACACUAACUAAUGGUUUAUAUGGGAUUUGAAUUUGCAUUUUAACAUACAGUUAAAAUCAAAGCCUUUAGCAAUGAAACUGGAUAAGAAGCUGAGAACAAAUGGAUGGGCUAUUGUCUGAACUUACUCUUAAACAUUUUUUGUUAUAUGCACUCUCACACAUACACACACAAAACCACAUACAGCAGGAAAACUGUUGGUUUAUACUUUUUGUCUCUUUUCAGGAUUUGUCCCAGUCGUUAGUCUUACAUGAGCUUUGGGCUCUUUUCUCUGCCAUUAAUUGACAAUAAUGUUCAGACUUUUAACACUGCCACAUUGUGUAAUUUGAGUGACAUGAACAUAUUUUGUAUGUGCAAAAUUUAAAACAUGGUGCCUAUAUUUGAAAAAUUUGUGACCUUUUUAGAAGAGCCAUGCCUGUUUCACAAUGGGCAAGAGUCAAUCUUCAACUGAUGUUACCGACCAUGACAACUGAACUUGCUUCAAACAACAGAUUCAGAUUUCAGACUAGAUUUCUUUACAAGUGUAUUUUUAGCAUUCCAUUGAUUACUUCUGAUCAUUAAUAAAAUAAACGAUACAUCCA